UCCAGCAGAGCUUUCUGAGUAAACCCAAAGACUAUGACGAACUUUAUUUCAUGAGUCUUGUUGGAAUAUUCAAAAGAUUGUCUCAAAGGAAAAAAGCUGAAGUGCGGAUGAAAAUAGAGCGAAUUCUCUAUGAAGCAGAGUUUGACUCAGUUUCACAAGAUUUACUGACGCCAACGGUAAACAUUAUUGCUGAGCUAGAGAAACUUAAGAACAUGGAGGCAAAGAUUCAAAACUUAGAAGAAACGCUGAACAAAGUAUUAAGUGAGAAUGAAGCUUUGAAAGGUUUAGUACAAGAUUCACAAAAUAAGCUUGAAUCUUUCCAGAAAGAGAAAGAAGCUCAAAAGAUCGCCUUCUCAGCUGGACUUCUGGCAUCUGGAUCAGGACACACUGGGCCUGUUGAUUACAGGAAAACUCUGGAAUAUAAGAAAGUCUUCAGUAACAUUGGAAAUGCCUAUGACCCCGAUACUGGUGUUUUCACAGCCCCAGUAAAAGGAGUCUAUUACUUCAGAUUUUAUGCUCAUUCACACGCUGGAAUCAAAAUGGCCGUCAGUCUUUUAAAGAACGGUCAGAUCCAAGGCUCUGUGUUUUCUUGGAUGCCUGUCACCAAUGGGAACGCAAGCAAUGGUGUUGUUCUUACACUGGAACCUGGUGAUCGAGUUUAUACACAACUCUGGGAGAAUACUUGGGUUUAUGAUGAUGAAGCAAGCUACACCAGUUUCAGUGGUUUUAUGAUUUUUCCUUUGUGAAUGUCUGAUAUGACAUCUGGUAAAUCUUGUAGACGGUCUGCUCUGAAGAUUAAUAUAUAAACUGGCUUAAACAAGUGCUGUCAAUCGAUAAAAAAAAAGAACACGU